AACACUGUCGCAGUAGCUGUACAAGAUUAUCUAUCUACAGUGCCUAUUCAAUAGGAAUUGAAUUCUCCUUUAAACUACGAUACAUGGCUUGAGAAGGUUAGUGUAGGUACUGAAGGGCUUACUUGUCCGCUGAGAUAUGAGUUCGCCAGCAAUGAGUGUUGAAUAGGGCUGCUUAUGAGGGAAUGCUGACACCUGCAUACUGCGCAGCCCCGUCCCAGGAGCCAAUGUUUAACAAUGUUUGACUGACCUUUCCCCGAGGAUCGAGGCCACCAUCAUUCUGUCCAGGCCGACCUUUAGGCAGCCUCAUGCAGAUUGAGAAGUCACGGAAGCCAGUUGUAAGUCACUUAGGUAAUCUAUCUAGAAGGACUUUUAAUCCAGAGACAAGCCCCCAAACCCAAUGUGAAGAACUUCUCCAACUAUACCCUCUACUACAUAAAAGGCCUCCCCUUGAACUCUCCCCUAUAUUCUCAAUUCUUGAUUGAUGGGAUCCCAUUUCAGACUUACUACCAAAUUUGACCACCAUGUCUCGAGCCCCAGUGGCUGGCUUGCAUAUCCGACCAUACCUUCGUUACUUGGCGAGUGAUUUGCACCGACGACUCCGCGCUGGGUAUACCCUCGGUCAAGCAACAGCACUAUGGCUGACCUGGUCCUUCCCUCAGAAGGUGGCCGCCGCUAAUACCUACGUUUUCACUCCUGUUCAAACUUUAUCCCCGGCACAACAGACAUCGGUGAACCAAGAGGGUGGAGAUUUUGAUUUUAUUAAUUGGGUUAAUAGGGGAAUGACUAUUCGAGGUGGCAAUUCGGUUUACGCAUGCUUGGCUAACCUCACUGCCGCACUUGAGCUGGUAGGACAGCUUAACCAAGCGGAAUACAAUGGUGCCGCUGGUGCUUUGAGCCUGCUUCCAACAGCAGGCGCAUUGUUGGGAGCGCCCACUCGAGAGAUGUGGAUUCUGUAUAAGCUGGUACCUAUUUCUGGAAUUCUCAGCAUGUUUCUCAGCCUCGGAGGUUCCAUCACCCCUUCAAAUGUCGGCGAUUACGACCCGAACAAACCCUUCUCGUUUGGUGGUUUCGUGCCUACAAUUCCCGUUGAAGCGUCCCGCCGACCCAAGUCGCGUACAACAAGCCAUAUCAACGAAGGAGAAGCAAACAUUUACAAACGCGAUGAAGAACUGAUGGUGGAGGAUGAUAUCAACAAGUUUGCCCGCGAAAUCAAAGAGAGGGCAGAAGACGAUGGUGGUGGGGAUAUAUUCUUGCGUGUUUGGUUCGCAAUGGGUAUUCAGAUCACUCUCAUCGCCGCUCUCUUGGUUCCAAUGUACUAUGCCCAGAGAGGUGCGGUCAUCACAUGGUGGUGCAGAGUAUGGGGCUGGAUGUGGUUCUGGUACUUCCUCGUGACGGUUGUAGCUAUAUUCGAUAAUCUCGUCGCCGCUCCUUUCACAAAAAGCUGGACUGUCCGUAUCUCAAGGUCUCCUACAGGGAUCAUCUUAGACGAGACGGCUCCCAAGAUCUACAACAAUCCACAGUAUCCCAACGCUCUCGCCUUCAUUAAGGCUGGCCCAGUUAUGAACCAGAGAGUACGGAUAGCAGCUAACACAGGAGCCAGCUAUCCUCGCACUUGUUUCUACGCUGUCAUUUCUGUGAAGAGGAUCUCCACGGUUCACGCAAUAGCACAAGUUGUUGCCAAGUUAUCCAGUGUUGCUGUUUUCGCCUUUGGCACAGCACUAUUCGCCUCCGCUACCCUUGUAUCUAUUUCAAUCGCCUUGAUGGUUCUAUCUGUGAUCCUUGCUGCCGGCGUUGGUGGGCGGGUGCUCGCCAUGUGGGUUGUCGCAACGAUCAGCAGUCAAAAUAGGCCGAUCAUCCACAAGAUGGUUAGAUCCGAGGAAGAAGCAGCAAGAUACUUCCAGGCACUAGCAGAAAUUGAUGUGCAAAUGGAAAUCAGCGGACAUGUAAUUGUCAAUGGGACUAUAGUCAAGUCCCGGCAUGUCUGGUUCUCUCCAGAGACGUAUAUUGGGUUGCUGGCUAAGCCGUUUGAUGUGGUAUCCAUGGCAGAGAAGAACUCCAGGGGAAGCGCAACGUCAGCCUAUCAUCCAGUUGCCCAAAACUUCUUGGCUCCAAUGAUGGAUGAUGAAAUGCAGUACAGCCAGCUAUCAGCACCACAACGUAGGCCUGGCCCUUCGUCUGGUCAGGAUUGGAUUCCAUAACAGAUUCAUUUGGUCUUAUUUGAAGUUUACGGUAUGGUAUAAUCAAAUUUCAUGAAGAGAGUGGUUAUUUCAGUUAAGCAAGCAAAUACGAGCGUUCUUCUGAUAGUAUUCCUGUAUUUUAGCUAUAUUGUUGAUUUUCAUGUCUUGGUCGCUGUGGUUUACUAUAUGAGGUUGUUCAGUGUCUUGCCUCUUUACAUCUAUGAUUUCUAGGUGCGAUACUGUUAGACACGCGAACGGCCAAAAAUGCAGUUCGCCUACGGCUAUGGGCACAAGCAGCCUCGUUUUGAAAAGAGCAGGUUUAAAUCUGGUAUCGCUUUUCGCUAAACCUGUAGGUAUCGAUCUGCUACCAAUAAUAUGUUGGUCAUAUGCUAGCGUGGUUCCUGCACUAUAUACAGCCAAAUUAGUAUGGCCAUACCAUCCAAACUAGGUUGGCUUAUAGGUAUAUAAACGCCAUAAUACUGCC